AUGGGCAUUUUACCCACUCUUCUGGCCCUAACCUACUGCGACGCGUUGCCUGUCGCGUCGAUCACCUCCUGGUCAAGGUGGCUGCGCGCCGCUGCAAAGCUCACCCAUACUUCCCGUUUGCAAUCCUCCCGAAUGGCUAUCGUCGCUACUAACGAUGCCGCACGCGUAGCUCUUGACUCUGACGACAUUUCCAUUAUGCCGAACAUCGACUUCGAGAACCCCUUGCACCUCAACGCGUUCGACGCGCUCGGCCGUGCCAAGCGCACCAAGAAGAGCAUCAAGGAGCAAAUUCGUGAUGCCAAAGCCAUCACCGAUGUGCCCCUCGAUCCGAAGCUAUACCCGAAGAUCCAGGGUCCCGACAAUCGGUUUUACCACCUCCGCGCGCAUUUCAAAAUAAAGGAUGGACCUUCCUGGGUUAACGCCCACGGUACGCUGCUCCUACGGCUCACAGGAAACGAUUCGAGCUCUACAGACGGCAAGUUCUGGGUCUGUCACGAGUGCUACAACAUCUUCGACGCGGAGGCGACAACUUCGCCAGCUAAACACCUCCGACAAAGACACGGUAUUACGAAGGAUGGCGAACGUCUUGGGGCAAAUACUGCGGGCAAGAGAUCGUCGCCAGCAAUUGACGAGCUCUUCCAAGCUCGAACCACCAAGAAGACGAAACUCCCGCCCCCCCCGCAAAAACUCAAAGCCGCUUCCAAGAGCUCCUAG